AAACACUGCACCACUGGACGGAGCUGGUACAACUCUAGUGGAGCACUCCAACUACGGACCCACCACCAUGGCUUUUACCGCCUUCUCUUGGAUUGCCUUAAUUUGUCUAUCUAUGACUACUCAUUUAAUUGGAGUACAGUGUCGCGCGGUUAAGGAGUUACUGUCAACGUCAUCCGCUUUUCAGGAUGGACACAAUACUUUACACACAGAUAUCUUGAGACGGUGGCGACGGGAGAGCGAGGCGACACAGCGGCAACAUUGCGCACUGUUGGCAGUGCCUUGGAUAGAAACCAACGCGCUCCCGAUGGAUUUGGCACAGCUACAUCGUCUCCGGGUGCUUUCAAUGCCCCAAGGAGGUUUACGGCGUGCAGUCUUUCCAGAGCAACCUCUAUUCCGUUUUGUCAGACGGGUCUAUCAUUGCUGUCAGUUACGUUUCCAUUGCAGAGGCGUCAAGGGGAUUCAGGGUCGUAUCAGUGGAGGUAGGAAUCUAAAUCCAGUCAUUUGAAGUAGAUUCUCAGCCAUUUAUUGUGCCUACUAUUGGACUAAAUAAGUAGGCCUAUGUAGACAGACAUACAAUAAAGAAUCUCAAUUCAAAGUGCCUUUUAGACUUGGGUUUUAUAGAAAAUAACAUUCAUUCUAGUGAGAAAUGGGGCCACUGUCACAUUCUGAGUGGUACUUUUUUCAUUUAGGCCUUACAUAAUGAUUUUAUUUUUCCCACUAGAUACAGACAUGGAGUUCCUUCUCAGUCAGGAUGUUCUGUCAGUGACAGUUAUGAGAGCUGAGAUUCAUCUCCAUGUGUUGAAUCCUCAACAGCUGAACAUUGAGCCUGUUCUUUCCUACAUGGCAAAACGCAAGCUUCCCACACGGUAAGAGUCCUGGUUGACAUGAUUGCACACUUACUUAGCUGUAUUACCUCAACUUUUUAUAUAACUAUAUUCCAUAUCUAUGGAAACUGAAAGAUGUGAUUAUGAGGCUAAAGUACUAUGGUCCUGACUCCACUCUUAACCUUUUUAUUCCACAGAUACAGUUUGUGGUCAAAAGAUAACGUUCUGGAGCUUCAAGUGGAUCUGCUGUUCCUAUUCCAAGGUCUUCAGGAGGCAGCUGGUGGUGCCAUAGGGGGGCCAAGCCUAGUUGACAUGCGGAAAGUGGGGGAGCUUUCAAGUGGGGGUUCACGAGAAAGGCCAGGAGCUCCAUGGUCUCUGCAGGAUACCAAUGCUGAUCUGUGGGGGGAGGGGCUGGGCCCCCUGCUGACCAAUGCGGAGUUGGGCCUUGCCCUGAACUGUGACAUGGGGGGAGUGGAGGUAUCUUGUGAGCAAAAUGGAGUCCACCUAUUACACUCUCCAUUCAUUGCUCUCUCCUACAGA